GAGUCCAAACUGCAGACUGAAGACUCUCAGGCUGGAACAUAUAAAAGAUUCGAUUACCACCAUGAAUAGCAAGGAACAUACACAACGGAAGCAAUCUCAGAGUUUACCUGAUGUCACGUCACAGGACAGCUCUGAGAGGUUCAUGCCUGAGAUCUCUGAUGAUGGAAACAGUGAAAUCUACAGGUUCCAGUGCACCAGUCCAGGCCUGUACCAGUGCAGUGUGACAGGCCUGGUGUUUUACAUGGAGGGAGAAGGGGAUGUGACUUACAGGAUCGUCCACUGGGACUGGAGGCUACUCGCCCAGCAUCACAAGAAGCCUGCAGGACCGCUGUUUGACAUCAGAUGCCAGCAGCAGUCUGUCUGCCAGCUUCAUCUCCCACAUUGUGAGAUCAGAUCUACAGGUGCAUGUCAGUUCUUGUCAGUGGCUCAUGUGACCGACGAGGGCACUGAUUUCAUCCUUCCACAUGAGAUAACAGAAACUCAUGUUGUUAUCAACAUCACUGGAUUUUCUGCGUAUGGUAAUGUCAAGGAUGAAGACUCGCCGUCCGAUCCAAUCAGGGCGGCGGUGCUGCUGUUCUACACUCCUCCAGUUGAUCCUGAUCCUACAUCCUUCCUCCAUGUGUUGUUGCUGCCUGGAAACGUUGUGAUCAGGGACGUGCAGUACCAAAGGAGAAAAAUAAAUGGGGUUGAGAUGUACAUAAAGACACCACCUCACUGUAAACUCCAGCCAAAUCAGGAGUAUAAACUGUUGUCUUCUCACAAAAAUAGGUCAAUUCGAAUACAACCAAAGAAGGGAGAAUUUGACAUUUUAAACUAUCAAAAUUAUUUCACCACCUUUGAAGUGAUUUUAAAACAAAUCAUGAAAACUAUUAAGCUGCUUCUGUCAGACUCUAACACCUCUAGUUGUGUAUGGAAAAGGCGAAUUUAUCUUUCAUCAGCUGCCAUAGGGACGCCCCUGGUUCAGAGUGUUGUUGGUCUCCCUUCAGACAAACAUUUGUUUUCUAUACGUAAAGCCUUCAUCGACCGAGUAUCAGGACCUGUGCUCAAAAGUCUGCUGGACAGGCUUUUAGAGAAACGGGUGAUAAAUGACACUGAGAAGGAGGAAGCAGAUGCAAAGCAAAGUAAACAUAAAAUGGCCAGUUUUGUUAUCGACACGGUGAGGAAGAAAGGGGAGCGUGCUAGUUCAGAAAUGAUCACAUUUCUCUGUGAGGAAGACCAGUACCUCUCUGAAACCCUUGGGUUGAUGUGAAAACACAACUAACCAAAUAGUGAUGAAGAUAAAAUGAUAAAUGAAGAACUGACCAUUUAAACUCAAUGGCUGCCCAAAACUUCUCUUGUGCCAUAAUGUGAACAUAUCCUCAUGACCAUAAAAUUUAGAUUGACCAAAGAAUAAAAAUGGGACGAGGUGUCGGUGUUCCUCAGCACCCAAACUACUGUCAGCACUUCUCCCCUCAGAUAUUCAGCUUGUGAGCGUGUCUGUCCAAAGCACCUUGAUUUCUCAUAGAGGAAACGCCCGUGAACUCACAGUUGACCCAACCUUGACUCAUAAUUUGGGUUCUUGUGUCCAGCCUGUGGACUGUAAAAAAUUUGAGGAAAAAAACCUUUUAAAAACUCAGGAUACCAGAAAUGUCAUGUUGAUGUCACACGUCAUAAUCCAUAGGUUUUGUAAACUUGAUGAAAUGGUGCCUUCCUUUGAAUGUUUCACCCAAAGCGUGACGUCGCCUCAGGGAAGCUUCAGAGCUCGUCGAUGCAGACAUUUAUCAAUACACAGAAUUUACUGUUAUUGUGCCAUAAAUGUGUAAACAUGUCAGAGUGUGUGUGACACAUGUACAGUGAGGGAAUUUUUUUUUUUUUUUUGGACUUUGAGGCAUCUUGAGUGGAAAUUCAGAGGGACGUCCCCACAGUCUCACUGGUCUGGUCUUUCUUUUUAAUCAGUGAUCAGUCGCCAGUAUCCAGGACAGUUUUGUUGUACACAGUUUUGGUCUAAUUUCAGGGAAAAAAAACGAUGUAAUGAAGCACAGCUCCUCCCUCUGGCCAAGUCAGCGCUGUGUCAGAGCCUAAAGGACGUCCUGCACUGCUACACACACUUGAUGCUGUGGCCAAACCACAGUUUUACUAUAUUAGACUGACAUCCAUUAUCUUUCUGUAAUCACGUGUCUUUUUGCACACUUCUUACUCAUGUGCACUAUACAUAUAUACUGUCUUUUUUAAUCAUUUGAGGUAUUGAGUUUUUCUUUACUGCAAAACUUUGUAUUAUAUUUUUAUCAGCGUUUUUCAGGUUAAUAUUUUCUUAUUUUUUGUAUUAUUGUCACGGCUGUUUUCUAAGAAAAGAUGUCAUUUUAAGCUAGCUAUGUUUCUAUUGGACAACGACACGUGGUGCCUUUCAGCAACAUGUGUUAGGAAGCAGUGACUUUGUGCUGUUUUUAUAUUAUAACACUUUUUUUGUUAUUGAAAAGAAACACAGAUGUGUGCGUUGUCCUUAACUAGUCACCCAGAUGCCUUUUUUUUUACAGUAAACUGUUUGAUGUUGUACUUCAACAUAUGUUUUAUA